AUGUCAGCCGCACCCAGAAACCCUGCCCGCGGACGCCGUCUGGACGACGCCCUCUCACAGCUAGUCGACGGUCUAACCCCCGCGCUCCCCAUCUCCGCCAUCCAAGACACAGACUACUCUGACGAAGAAGAAGCGAUCGCGUCCGCAGAGAACCGUCGGCACCAUGUGCUCAUGGAGCGCGCCUGGCGCAUCCUUGACACCCACCCUAGCACCAAUGCUCCAGACCCCGGGUCACCAGCGGGGCUUGGUGGGCGCCGAGGAAGUAUUGCGGGAACAGAGAGCAUCAACAACGCGCCGGAUUUGAUUAAGCGCAAACUACGCCGGGAGAAUGCCAGUCCUGACAAGGCUGUACGGUUUUCAAAUCUAUAUUCGCGUCUUUUGACGCAGCCUGUGCUCUCGCAGAAAUGGGGUAUCCUCUUUUUGCUCUACAAAUUGUCUGCCUCUGAAGAUCCCGUAGAAGGCGGAGAGAGGAGCCGCAGCCCAUUGAUGGAUGAGGCGCAUCUACAAAAUAUAUUGACAAAGGGCGGUGCACGACCGAGACGGGGCACAAUGAUUGACUCGGAGGACGAGGGACCGGCUAUUAGCUCGUCAGCAUCUCAACAGCGUGUUCCAGUAGCUCCCAAGAUGGAGCGCCAGAGCUCACUUCGACAUGGUGCUGGUCACGAAGUCGAUCGUAACGAAGUUGACCAUGCGGAGAGGCCGGCUGGUCAUGUUGAUACAGGAGCGAACGUCCAUUCCAACAGUGAGCAUCCUCGUCCUCCAUCACCUGCUAGGCCAUCAACAUCUGGUCAGGGUAAACCGCCUGCUCCUGCCCCUACUGAGCAUAAACUUCUACGUGACCUGCCAUUCAACCUACAAGGGUUGUCUUCCUCAAACCUACAGUUCAGUUCGCCCUCAAGCUUGAAACUACCCUCAAAUCUACCUGCACCCAUUGUGUCACUCCUUUACGCAUUGGCAGAACCUUGUUUACUAUACAAAGGACUUUCUGUGUUUGUAGAGAACGAGGAAGGCGGAUUGGUGAAUCAGAGCUUGCGAGCUGCCAUUGCUAUAGAGCUGCGCGCAUAUCUCAGCUUGGUGGCUACGUUAGAGGCGGAAAUUCGACAGGCGCUGGCCGCGAUUGGAGAUGGCACUGAGCCUCAAGGGAUACGAAAGGGCGGCGUCACCCUCAAACGAUGUAUGGUGUGGACGAGAGAUGCGACAAUGGCUCUUCGACUGAUGAGCCUGAUCGUGGAGGAGGCUCAAAGUAAAAAGGGCGGCCAGUUGAUCUCUUUAAUACACGGCUUUUCAACAUCCCAUGGAGAUCCCUUCGUGUGUGCCUUUGCAGAAAAGCUCCUCGCACAUGUUACUCGCCCAUUUUAUGACAUGCUACGACUAUGGAUCUAUGACGGUGAACUAUCAGAUCCAUACAAAGAGUUCUUUGUCAUAGAGCCAGGGUUCAGGCCAAACAGUGACCCACGUCGAAUUGCAACUAGCGUCUGGGAAGACAAGUAUAAGCUUGAUGACGACAUGGUGCCUUCCAUUAUCACCCAAGAAUUUGCAAAGAAGAUUUUCUUGAUUGGCAAGUCGCUAAACUUCAUUCGAUAUGGCUGUGGUGAUUCCGCGUGGGUGGAGGCAUAUUCUACAGAAGCCUCAAAAGAGCUGCGAUAUGGCGACACAGCCACCCUAGAGACAUCUAUCGAUGAGGCUUAUAAGACCACAAUGGCCCGGCUGAUUUCUCUGAUGAAUGGAAAGUUCAACCUCUUUGAUCAUCUUCAGGCACUGAAGCGUUACUUGCUAUUGGGCCAAGGCGAUUUCAUUGCUUUGCUUAUGGAGUCGCUUGCCUCGAACCUGGAUCGUCCAGCAAAUUCUCAAUAUCGACACACCCUUACGGCACAGUUGGAGCAUGCCAUCCGUGCCUCUAAUGCACAAUAUGAUACCCCAGAGGUGCUACGUCGGCUCGAUGCCCGUAUGCUCGAGCUGAGCCACGGUGAAAUUGGAUGGGACUGCUUCACCUUGGAAUACAAGAUCGAUGCCCCGGUGGACGUGGUCAUCACGCCUUGGGCAUCUACUCAAUACUUGAAAGUCUUCAACUUUCUCUGGCGCAUCAAGCGAGUCGAGUUCGCACUAAGCAGCACCUGGCGACGAACAAUGACUGGCGCCCGCGGCGUGCUCGGCAACGUGGACGACAAAGUCGGCGCAGACUGGAAGCGAGCACGAUGCGUGAUCGCAGAAAUGAUCCACUUUGUCAACCAGCUCCAAUACUACAUCUUGUUCGAGGUCAUCGAGUCCAGCUGGGACCAGCUCUUAACCGCCAUCCGCAAACCUGGUUGCACCCUCGACGAUCUGAUUGAAGCACACACUAAAUAUCUCAACUCCAUCACGCACAAGGGCCUACUAGGGUCCGCCUCCACCUCCCGAUAUGGCAACUCAACCUCCACCUCCGCCAAACAACCCGAAGAAAGCUUCCUCAGCCAACUCCACCAAAUCCUCAAAUUCAUGCUUGCCUACAAAGACGCCGUAGAUGGCUUAUACUCCUUCUCCGUUGCAGAAUUUACCCGCCGCCAGGAAAUCAACGCCAAGAUCGAAACUCGCACCGCUCAAGGCCACUGGGGCAUGACGGACCGCGACCUCCUCUCACGUCAAUCCAACAGUCGCCCCGGAACCUCAAUGGCCUCAACUCCAGACAUCAGACCCGACAGCGCAGGAGUCGACGGCGUAAGCACGCCCCUCUCACUAUCGGGCCACGACCUCACAGCCGAUGACAACAUGCUCGCCUCACUCCGCGUCCGUCUCCGCGAACUCUCAGCCGAUUUCCGGUCCCGCCUCAACAUCCUCCUAGGCGAUCUAGCCUACCAGCCAGACGUGGACAUGCGGUUCCUGGGUGUUGUCAUGAAUUUCAACGAUGUCUAUGAACCCAAGCGGCGACGGGCAGCUCCAAGCGCGCGUGACAAGGAGAAGGAGAAGGAACGUGAGCGGGAAAAGGCGAAACGGAGAGCUGCGGCGUCAGCUGCGGCUACGGGGUCUGGGAGCGAGGGUUUCCCGAAGGAAAUGCGUAGGGAGAGGAGGGAUACUGGGGCGAAAGAUCCUGGGAUUGCUGGAAAUGGGAAUGCAGCAUAA